CGAGCGGGAGGAAAUGGCGGCGGCGGUGGCGGCGCCAGGCGGCACCGGGAGGCCUGGGCUGUGACGCGCGCGCCGGAGCGGGGUCCGAUGGUUCUCGAAGGCCCGCGGCGCCCCGUGCUGCAGCUGUGUACCAUUUCAUUGCCUAAGAAACAGUUCAGUCAUGUUUGCAGUGAUGUCUGGGGAGCCAAACAGAAGUAGCACGUAGUAUUUUUUGGUUUUUGCUUUUGAAGAGAACUAGUGGACACAAAGGUUACCUAGGGUAUGAAUUAAUACAGACUUGGAAACUGAAAGAACUUAGAAUCAGCAUUUUGAGAGCAGAAGCUUGGGUAUGCUGUGAUUUUCCAAUAAACUGCUAUCACAAUGUCAAAAUGCAGUUCAGACAACAGCAACACAGAGAUCUCAAACAUUAAGACGAAGGAAGCUCCCCUACAUAGUCAUGGUGCGGUUAUCAACUCAGUGAACGUAACGUUGCUGUAUCUACAGCCUUAUCAGUGGACUCUGUAAUGGUCUUUAUGGCAUUGCUGUCAGGAAAGGAUCCAGUCUGAGUAAGCUGUGCUAGAACAAAAAUGCAAUGAAAGAAACACUGGAUGAAUGAAAAGCCCUGCUUUGCAACCCCUCAGCAUGGCAGGCCUGCAGCUCAUGACCCCUGCUUCCUCACCAAUGGGUCCUUUCUUUGGACUGCCAUGGCAACAAGAAGCAAUUCAUGAUAACAUUUAUACGCCAAGAAAAUAUCAGGUUGAACUGCUUGAAGCAGCUCUGGAUCAUAAUACCAUAGUCUGUUUAAACACUGGCUCAGGGAAGACGUUUAUUGCAGUACUACUCACUAAAGAGCUGUCCUAUCAGAUCAGGGGAGACUUCAACAGAAAUGGCAAAAGGACGGUGUUCUUGGUCAACUCUGCCAACCAGGUUGCUCAACAAGUGUCAGCUGUCAGAACUCACUCAGAUCUCAAGGUUGGGGAAUACUCAAACCUGGAAGUAAGUGCAUCUUGGACAAAAGAGAAAUGGAACCAAGAGUUUACUAAGCACCAGGUUCUCGUUAUGACUUGCUAUGUCGCCUUGAAUGUUUUGAAAAAUGGUUACUUAUCACUAUCAGACAUUAACCUUUUGGUGUUUGAUGAGUGUCAUCUUGCAAUCCUAGACCACCCCUACCGAGAAAUUAUGAAGCUCUGUGAAAAUUGUCCAUCAUGUCCUCGUAUUUUGGGACUAACUGCUUCCAUUUUAAAUGGGAAAUGUGAUCCAGAGGAAUUGGAAGAAAAGAUUCAGAAACUGGAGAAAAUUCUUAAGAGUAAUGCUGAAACUGCAACUGACUUGGUGGUCUUAGACAGAUAUACUUCUCAGCCAUGUGAGAUUGUGGUAGACUGUGGACCAUUUACUGACAGAAGUGGGCUUUAUGAAAGACUGCUGAUGGAAUUAGAAGAAGCACUUAAUUUUAUCAAUGACUGUAACAUAUCUGUACAUUCAAAAGAAAGAGAUUCUACUUUAAUUUCUAAACAGAUACUCUCAGACUGUCGUGCGGUACUGGUAGUUCUGGGACCCUGGUGUGCGGAUAAAGUCGCUGGAAUGAUGGUAAGAGAACUACAGAAAUACAUCAAACACGAGCAAGAGGAGCUGCACAGGAAAUUUCUAUUGUUUACAGACACUUUCCUAAGGAAAAUCCAUGCACUAUGUGAAGAGCACUUCUCACCUGCCUCACUUGACCUGAAAUUUGUAACUCCUAAAGUAAUAAAACUGCUUGAAAUCUUACGCAAAUAUAAACCGUAUGAGCGACAGCAGUUUGAAAGCGUUGAGUGGUAUAAUAAUAGGAAUCAGGAUAAUUACGUGUCUUGGAGUGAUUCUGAGGAUGAUGAGGAGGACGAAGAAAUUGAAGAAAAAGAAAAGCCAGAGACAAAUUUCCCUUCUCCAUUUACCAAUAUUUUGUGUGGAAUUAUUUUUGUGGAAAGAAGAUACACAGCAGUUGUCUUAAACAGAUUGAUAAAGGAAGCUGGCAAACAAGAUCCAGAGCUGGCUUACAUCAGCAGCAAUUUUAUAACUGGACAUGGCAUUGGAAAGAAUCAGCCUCGUAACAAACAGAUGGAAGCGGAAUUCCGAAAACAGGAAGAGGUACUUAGGAAAUUUCGAGCACAUGAAACCAACCUGCUUAUUGCAACAAGUAUCGUGGAGGAGGGUGUUGACAUACCGAAAUGCAACUUGGUGGUUCGUUUUGAUCUGCCCACAGAGUAUCGAUCCUAUGUUCAAUCUAAGGGAAGAGCCAGGGCACCGAUCUCUAAUUAUGUAAUGUUAGCAGAUACAGACAAAAUAAAAAGUUUUGAAGAAGACCUUAAAACAUACAAAGCUAUUGAAAAGAUCUUGAGAAACAAAUGUUCCAAGUCAGUUGAUAGCGGUGAGACUGACAUUGAGCCUGUUGUGGAUGAUGAUGAUGUUUUCCCACCAUACGUGUUGAGGCCCGAUGAUGGUGGUCCACGAGUCACAAUCAACACGGCCAUUGGACACAUCAAUAGAUACUGUGCUAGAUUACCAAGUGAUCCGUUUACUCACCUGGCUCCUAAAUGUAGAACCCGAGAGUUGCCUGAUGGUACAUUUUAUUCAACUCUUUAUCUGCCAAUUAACUCACCUCUUCGAGCCUCCAUUGUUGGUCCCCCAAUGAGCUGUAUACGAUUGGCUGAAAGAGUCGUAGCUCUCAUUUGCUGUGAAAAACUGCACAAAAUUGGCGAACUGGAUGACCAUUUGAUGCCAGUUGGGAAAGAGACUGUUAAAUACGAAGAAGAGCUUGAUUUACAUGAUGAAGAAGAGACAAGUGUUCCAGGAAGACCAGGCUCCACAAAACGAAGACAGUGCUACCCAAAAGCAAUUCCAGAAUGUUUGAGGGAUAGCUACCCCAAGCCCGAUCAGCCUUGUUACCUGUAUGUGAUAGGAAUGGUUCUAACGACACCUUUACCUGAUGAACUCAACUUUAGAAGGCGGAAGCUUUAUCCCCCUGAGGAUACCACAAGAUGCUUUGGAAUACUGACAGCCAAACCCAUACCUCAGAUUCCACACUUUCCUGUGUACACACGCUCUGGAGAGGUUACCAUAUCUAUUGAGUUGAAGAAGUCUGGUUUCACGUUAUCUCUACAAAUGCUUGAGUUGAUUACAAGACUUCACCAGUAUAUAUUCUCACAUAUUCUUCGGCUUGAAAAACCUGCACUAGAAUUUAAACCCACAGACGCUGACUCAGCAUACUGUGUUCUACCUCUUAAUGUUGUUAAUGACUCCAGCACUUUGGACAUUGACUUUAAAUUCAUGGAAGAUAUCGAGAAAUCUGAAGCUCGCAUAGGCAUUCCCAGUACAAAGUAUUCAAAAGAAACUCCCUUUGUUUUUAAAUUAGAAGAUUACCAAGAUGCAGUUAUCAUUCCAAGAUAUCGCAAUUUUGAUCAGCCUCAUCGAUUUUAUGUAGCUGAUGUGUACACUGAUCUUACCCCCCUGAGUAAAUUUCCUUCCCCUGAAUAUGAAACUUUUGCAGAAUAUUAUAAAACAAAGUAUAACCUUGACCUGACCAAUCUCAACCAGCCGCUGCUGGAUGUGGACCACACAUCUUCAAGACUGAAUCUUUUGACACCUCGCCAUUUGAAUCAGAAGGGGAAGGCUCUUCCUCUGAGCAGUGCUGAAAAGAGGAAAGCCAAGUGGGAAAGUCUGCAGAAUAAACAGAUACUGGUUCCAGAACUUUGUGCUAUACAUCCAAUUCCAGCAUCACUGUGGAGAAAAGCGGUUUGUCUCCCCAGCAUACUUUAUCGCCUUCACUGCCUUUUGACCGCAGAGGAGCUAAGAGCGCAGACAGCCGGCGACGCUGGUGUGGGAGUGAGGUCACUGCCCGCGGAUUUUAGAUACCCCAACUUAGACUUCGGGUGGAAAAAAUCUAUUGAUAGCAAAUCUUUCAUCUCAGUUGCUAACUCCUCUCCAGCUGAAAAUGAGAAUUACUGUAAGCACAGCACAAUUGUCGUCCCUGAAAAUGCUGCACAUCAAGGUGCUAAUAGAACCUCCUGUCUAGAAAAUCAUGACCAAAUGUCUGUGAACUGCAGAACGUUGUUCGAGUCACCUGGUAAGCUCCAAAUUGAAGUUUCAGCAGAUCUUACAGCAAUUAAUGGUCUUUCUUACAAUAAAAAUCUUGCCAAUGGCAGUUACGAUUUAGCUAACAGAGACUUUUGCCAAGGAAACCAUCUGAAUUACUACAAGCAGGAAAUACCUGUACAACCAACUACCUCAUAUCCCAUUCAGAAUUUAUACAAUUAUGAGAACCAGCCCAAGCCCAGCGAUGAAUGUACUCUACUGAGUAAUAAAUACCUUGAUGGAAAUGCUAACAAAUCUACCUCAGAUGGAAGUCCCGCGACGGCCGCCGUGCCUGGUACUACGGAGACUGGUACGGCGCUCACGGACAGGACGGCUUCUGAGCAGAGCCCUUCUCCCGGGUACUCCUCGAGAACGCUUGGCCCAAACCCUGGACUUAUUCUUCAGGCUUUGACCCUUUCAAAUGCUAGUGAUGGAUUUAACCUGGAGCGGCUCGAAAUGCUUGGCGACUCCUUUCUAAAGCAUGCCAUCACCACCUAUCUCUUUUGCACUUAUCCCGAUGCUCACGAGGGCCGCCUUUCCUAUAUGAGAAGCAAAAAGGUCAGCAACUGUAAUCUGUAUCGGCUUGGAAAAAAGAAGGGGCUGCCCAGCCGCAUGGUGGUGUCAAUAUUUGAUCCCCCUGUGAAUUGGCUUCCUCCUGGUUAUGUAGUAAAUCAAGACAAAAGUAACACAGAGAAAUGGGAAAAAGAUGAAAUAACAAAAGACUGCAUGUUGGCUAAUGGCAAACUGGACGCGGACUUGGAGGAGGAGGAGGAGGAGGAGGAGGAGGAGGACCUGAUGUGGAGGGCUCCAAAGGAGGACGCGGAUGACGAAGAUGACUUCCUGGAGUAUGAUCAGGAGCACAUCCAGUUCAUAGACAACAUGCUGAUGGGGUCAGGAGCCUUUGUAAAGAAGAUCUCGCUUUCUGCUUUCUCAGCCACUGAUUCUGCCUAUGAAUGGAAAAUGCCCAAAAAGUCCUCCUUAGGUAGUAUACCAUUUUCAUCAGAUUUUGAGGAUUUUGACUAUAGCUCUUGGGAUGCAAUGUGCUAUCUGGAUCCUAGCAAAGCUGUUGAAGAGGAUGACUUUGUGGUGGGGUUCUGGAAUCCAUCAGAAGAAAACUGUGGUGUUGACACAGGGAAACAGUCCAUUUCUUACGACCUGCACACCGAGCAGUGCAUUGCUGACAAAAGCAUAGCCGACUGUGUGGAAGCCCUGCUGGGCUGCUAUUUAACCAGCUGUGGCGAGAGGGCUGCUCAGCUUUUCCUCUGUUCGCUGGGGCUGAAGGUGCUCCCGGUAAUUAAGAGGACUGAUCGGGAAAAGCCCAUGUGCCCGACCAGGGAGAAUUUCACCAGCCAACAAAAGAACCUUUCAGGGAGCCGCGCUGCCGCCUCUGGAGCUGGCUCCUGCUCCUCUGUGUUGAAAGACUUGGAGUAUGGCUGUUUGGAGAUCCCACCGAGAUGUAUGUUUGAUCACCCAGAUGCAGAUAGGACACUGAGUCACCUUAUCUCGGGUUUUGAAAAUUUCGAAAAGAAAAUCAACUACAGAUUCAAGAAUAAGGCUUACCUACUACAGGCUUUUACACACGCCUCCUACCACUACAACACUAUCACUGAUUGUUACCAGCGCUUAGAAUUCCUGGGAGAUGCAAUUUUGGACUACCUCAUAACCAAGCACCUUUAUGAAGACCCACGGCAGCACUCCCCAGGGGUCCUGACUGACCUGCGCUCGGCUCUGGUCAACAACACCAUCUUUGCAUCGUUGGCUGUGAAGUAUGACUACCACAAGUACUUUAAAGCAGUUUCUCCUGAGCUCUUCCACGUCAUCGAUGAUUUUGUGCAGUUUCAGCUCGAGAAGAAUGAAAUGCAAGGGAUGGAUUCUGAGCUUAGGAGAUCUGAGGAGGAUGAAGAGAAGGAAGAGGAUAUUGAAGUUCCAAAGGCCAUGGGGGAUAUUUUUGAGUCGCUUGCUGGUGCCAUUUACAUGGAUAGCGGGAUGUCGCUGGAGAUGGUUUGGCAGGUGUACUAUCCUAUGAUGCGGCCGCUGAUAGAAAAAUUUUCUGCAAAUGUGCCCCGUUCCCCUGUGCGAGAAUUGCUUGAAAUGGAACCAGAAACCGCCAAAUUUAGCCCGGCUGAGAGAACUUAUGAUGGCAAGGUCAGAGUCACCGUGGAAGUAGUAGGAAAGGGGAAAUUCAAAGGUGUUGGCCGAAGUUACAGGAUUGCCAAAUCUGCAGCAGCAAGAAGAGCCCUACGAAGCCUCAAAGCUAAUCAACCUCAGGUUCCCAACAGCUGAAACCCCUUUUUAAAAUUAAAAAAAAAAAAAAAAAAAACAACAAAAAAAAGCAGAAUUAAGGUGGAAAAUAUUUUAAGUUGGAAAGGAUGAUUUAAAACUGAUAGUGAGUGGAAUGAAUUGAAGGCAGAAUUUAAAGUUUGAUAACAAGAUAGGUUACAGAAUAAAACAUUUAACAUAUGUAUAAAAGUUUUGGAACUAACUGUAGUUUUAGUUUUUUGCGCAAACACAAUCUUGUCUUCUUUCCUCACUUCUGCUUUGUUUAAAUCACAAGAGUGCUUUACUGAUGACAUUUAGCAAGUGUUCAAAGAAAUUAUUGAGAGUUUUUGUUUUGUUUUGUUUUGUUUUAGUUUAAUUCUCUCAGCUUUGCUUAGUGUUCGGAGGCCAAGGAGCUUAAACCUGGAAUAGCCCCCAGGGUUCUGUUGAGAGCUCUUGAAACCCGACGGUGUGUGUGGAAGUGCCAGUCCUGCAUAGUUGAUAAGCUGAGUAGAGCGAUGCAGUUUGCGAGAGAAGUGUGCCAGUGUUGUCUUUCCUUUCCACAUUAUAGCGUGUAAGAUGAUGUUUCCUGGUCGCUGUUGCACUUAACAGUAAGGGACAGAUUUUUAAUUAACAUUGGCUGGCAUGUUGGCAAAUCACAUUUUAGUUUUCUCAUGCCAUGUUGUCUUGCAUAAAAGAGGUUCUUGCCUUAAGAGUAAAACCCUCAUGGAUAUUCUUUCAUUUCUGAUCUUUUUGGAACAAACUGUUUUACAUUCCCUUCAUUGUGUUAUUAUGCAUUAGACCUUGAGAGAGCGUGAUACUUAAAACCCACUAGUAUAGUUGUAACCUAACUUAUGACGGGAUUAUAUGAGAAUUUCUGUCAUAUGUGUACUGAAGACGUUUUCAAAACCGGAAUAGGUAGUCUAUGGAGUUUUUAAAAUACCAUCAUAAAAAUAGUCGUUGGCUAAAUACCCAAUUUUACUGAAAACCUCCUGCUAGGUAGUUCCGCUGAUGGAAAUUGUUUGUGGCAAAUAAUUUUGCCCUGUAGUCUGUUGCUCUAACAAAAUAAACUUUAGACAUAUCACACCUAAAAUAUGCUGCAGAUUUUAUAAUGGAUUGGUUACUUAUUUAAAGAAGCAAAACAGAGCACCUUACCCUUAGUCUUCUCACAUACAUUUCUUACUGUACUUUUCAGAGUGUUGCAUGCAUAUUUCACCUACCAAAGCUGUGCUGUCAAUGCCAUGAAAGUUUAACGUUUGCGAUAAACUGCCGUAAUUUUGAUACAUCUGUGAUUUAGGCCAUUAAUUUAGAUAAACUAGCUCAUUGUUUCCAUCUUUGGAAAAGGAAGAAAAAAGGCAUUUUUAGGCAUUUGCCUAAGUUUCUUUAAUUAGACUUGUAGGCACUCUUCAUUUAAAUACCUCAGUUCUUUUCUUUUGCAUGCAGUUUUUCCCCUGUUUGGUGCUAUGUUUAUGUAUUAUGCUUGAAAUUUUAAUUUUUUUUUUUUUUUUUUUGCACUGUAACUAUAAUACCUCUUAAUUUACCUUUUUAAAAGCUGUGGGUCAGUCUUGCACUCCCACCAACAUACCAGUAGAGUUUUGCUGCAAUUUGCCCCAUUAAUUAUGCUUGAAAUUCAAGAAGCUGAGCAGAGGUGUCUAAGUAAUUUCCAGCACAUCAUUCUGAACGUGAUGCCUCAUGUAAUGCUGCAUUUAUGUUUGAAAUUGCAGUUGAAUACUGUACUUCUUGCUUUAUCUGCACCACCCACCCCCAGAGAAGCACCUCUGCGCGAGUGCACGCAGAAAACCGUCAGCUCUGCUUUCCAAGGAGACCUGAGUGAAGGGGGCAUUAAGCUUCUCCAGCAUGAUUUGUUGUCUCCAAUCUUAAACUUCAGUUGAGAUCUAAAUUAUUAAAUGCGCUUGAGAGCAAAUCAGUUUGGGUGGACAUGUUUUUAAAAUAUUUAAUUCUGAUUUGGAACCUUAGAUUUCUAUUUGGUUUUUUUAAGAAACCUCCAUGUAAGAUCUCCUGGCAAUUUAAAACCAAGCAGUUGUUGGAUUAUGUAACUGUAAAUGUAUACAAUUAACAAGUAAGGCUGGAUGUGAAUUUCACUUGUGAGGGUGAUUUGUGAUAAAGUUGUAUCACAAAUCUCUUGAUAAUUUAUAAACUACCUGAUGCCAGGAGCUUAGGGCCUUGCAUUGUGUCUAACGCACUAAUCCCAGUGUUAAGGGAUUCACUGGCCUCCUGGCACCAAAAUCAGAUUGUUUCACAGUUACAAUUCCCGUGGGGAGAAAAAUGCCUCAAUCUAUUUUGUAACCUUAAGACGAGUAUUUUUUUGUUAAUACUAAAAAGUUCAGACUUGGAUGAGAUUAGGUCACACAGUCUCAGGGGUUCAGAUUUCCUGCUACCAUUCAAAAUGUUUUAUCAACGGCAAACUUUAGCUAUUGCUUUUUAAAUUUUUUUGGUUGGAGGACAAUAGCUGAUUUUAAUUUGUGACUCACGCUUUGAAGCAAUCUGUGAUCCCCUGGUUACUAAGUUAAAAAAUAAAAACUAUGAGUUAGACAUAUGAAAUGGUUAUGAACGCUUUUGUGCUGCUGAUUUUUAAUGCUGUAAACUUUCCCCUAGUUUCGUUUAUUGCAAUGUUUCCCAUCCAUUAAUUAAGGAAAAAAAUCACUCUUGUUGCUCCACUUUACCACCUUGUCUGUCAUCCUUCUGUUCCUGUGAUUGCCAUGUGAGACUGAGUGUGAUUUGGAAACCCCCCUGGUGUGGUUGUGCGGCCAGCACAUGCGGGAAGGACUGGGCAGACGCGUUUUGAAAAGCAACUGCAGAAAUUCCUUACGAUGAUUGUGUGGAGGUUAGUUGGCAUGAACCUUCAUUGUAAAUGUUUUUUGAUUUUUUUUUAUUUUUAUAAUACACUUUCAGCAGUCCUGACUAUGCUGCGUUUUGUAAUAGCUUUUUUCCCCUCUGUUCUGUUCAUGUAGCACAGAUAAGCAUUGCACUUGGUACCAUGCUUUACCUCAUUUCAAGGAAAAUAUGCUUAACUGAGAGGAAAAAAUGUGGUUUGGCCUCGCUGCUGUUUUGAUUUACCGAAUUUGAAAAAGAUAAUUAUAAUGCCUGCAAUGUGUCAUAUACUUGCACAACUUAAAUAGGUCAUUUUUGUCUGUGGCAUUUUUACUGUUUGUGAAAGUAUGACGAAGAUUUGUUAACUGAACUCUUAAUUAUGUUUUAAAGAUGUUUGUUACUUUUUUUUUCUUUUCUCUUUUACAUUAUGUGAAGUGAUUAAAUUUAGAAUGACCUCUAACACUCCUGUAAUUAUCUUUUAAAAUACUAAUAUUUUUCCUCUCUUAAUAAUAGCUUGCCCUCAGAAAGAUUCAAAUUGCCCUGCCUAAAUAGCAAGAGACUGGAGGCUACUUUGGUUCUGUUGGUUCAGUUCAUAAAUACAAUUAUUCACCCAGCAGUCGGCUCUUUUAGUCAUUACCUGACAUCAGCCUGUGUAACUGCAGAGUGCAGAGACUAAUCGAGACCCAGACCUACCACAGUUCAGUCUUAAGGCCCAGUUGAUUUAAAACUUUCUGUCUUCCUCUGUUAGGGUGUCUAAUCCUUUUACACAAAAUUUAAGCCACCAAACGGAGACCUUGAUGUCUUCAUUUCAACUGCAUCUGAAGUUCUUUUAGUGCCCCGAACCAGUUUGUGUUAGCUGCGGAACUGAAACUCAUGUCUUGUUUAUUACCUAUAUGGUUAUUUUAAUUACAUUUAAAUAGGUAUAUUUUUUCAACCACUGAUUACUUUUCAGGAACCUAAUUAUUUCCAAAUAAAUUUCUUUAUUUUAUAUUGUACAUGAGAAGUUUUUAAGAUAUGUUUAAGACCAAGAAUAUUGAAAUGAUUUUAAAAGUUGUUGGAUUCGCCAGUAGCAAUAUCUAGGGAAUUUGCAUUGAGACUAUUGUAUUUUCCACUAGCAGUGAAAAUGAUCUUUUGAAGCUAACUUGUAAAUAUAUUUUAAUCGUUAAUUGUUUUUUUUUCUCUAGUCCAUUUUUAUUUGGACAUCACCCACAAUUUAAAUUUUAUAGAUGCACUCAGAAUUCACUGCAGCAGCAGGUUACAUAGCAAAAAUGCAAAGGUGAACAGGAAGUGAAAUUUCUGGCUUUUCUGCUGUAAAUAGAGUGAAGGAGAAUGACUAAAAUCAAGUAAAACUAACACAUAUAUAAUUUGAUUGACAAAAAAAUAUUUACCAUCACAUGCUGCAGCUGUUUUUAAGGAACAUGAUGUAAUUCAUUCAUACAGUAAUCAUGCUGCAGAAAUUUGCAGUCUGCACCUUAUGGGUCACAAUUACCUUUAGUCGUUUUUUUUUUUGUAAUAAUUGUAGCCAAGUAAAUCUCCAAUAAAGUUAUGGUCAGUUCA